AUGGAGCAUUUGAUCAAAGCUUUUCGCCGAGUCCAAAAUAAGCUUGACGACCCCCGUGAGCUUCUAGAGCUAUUCGAAAGGCUCGAGAACGAUCCUUCCUCAGCCAGUGCCGAGGACCGAAUUCGACUUCUCGAUCUGCCCUCUGCGUCGGUUCAACGGGAAUCAAUCGCAGCAGUGACUACACUCACGAAAAGUGAACUACUCAAGCGUGCUGCUGAAUCGCCUACUGAGCUGAGUGAAGAUGAAAUCAACUUUCUCCGCGCCAAAUACUGGCACCAUGCCAUGGAUUGGCCCAUCGAUGAUGCCCUGAUGGACGCUGUGAAUCUCUUAGAAGAGAUCAAAGAAAAUUACUCUGAUGAACUUUGUGAUCGCCUUGCUCGUGUCCAAGGGCCACUUUACGACGAGAGUGAAUGCAAAGCCUUCGAGAAUGCGGAUCUCGAAUACUUCCGUAGAGCCCACGCGGAUUUUGAGCAAGACCGCCAAGAUGAUUUGGACGUUGUGUUUGAGCACGGCAAGCCAUGGCUCCAGCGACUCUGGCAGGAGGACAAGGGUGCAACGUGGGGAUAUGCAGUUUUUGAGAACCCGCAGUUUGUUGCCGAUCCCCUAUUCGACGCUUAUAAGGGAGAGCAAGGAAUUGCAAUAGAAAAAUCCCUGCAUCGCAUUGUUGCGGGCCUUCAGAUAGGCCCCUACUAUAGCAUGCAGCCCCAGACCUGGCCAUCCCAGAUAGGUGACGUCGAUCGACUUCACGAAAUUGUCGACAAGCUGCGCCAAGAAUUUAAGCAUCGCCGAAACGAGGGAAUCCUUCCUAAUGGGCUGCUUCGCAACGUUUUCUUGUACUUGGAUCAUGAAUCGGCGUCCUCGGUUCUUUAUGCUCACGCAUAUGUCGACAAUAUGUGGAUGUGGGCGGUCGAUCCGGAUCACACGCCCGAUGAUGAUACCACGGAUGGCUAUAAAGGGUACUUCCGUGUAAGUCUCAAGCAGCUGGUGGAUAACUUCUACGUUGCUCGCCGCUGGCAAAGCGAGAUUUCGAUGAAGGAUCUCUGGAAAGCGGCGCAAGGAGAGCCGAACACAGCUUUUGCAUCUAUGGAACCGGAGACGCCGGAUAAAUUCCCUCUCCGCACGGAAACCCAUAAUCUUGUUCCUGGAGAGUUACGGCCUAUUAGAAGGGUUUCCGACUGCGCCUAG